AUGUCUUUUCGUAAUCGAGAAAAAUCAAAACAUACUUCUGGAAUCAUGAAAGAUGAUUUUGAUCUGAGGGAUAUUAAUGAACCAGAAGAAUUAGGUUUAGAUCAAAAAAUGGAUUCACUACUUAGCAAAUAAAAAUAUCACUUUAAACGUGAGAUUUCUUACAAAAGACAUCAUAUUCUUAAUCUUAUUACUGAACAACAAUCCUCAUCUAAUAAACCCACUUAACCAUCUUAAUAAUAAUCUUUAAUUUCCAAUAAUACCUCCUCAUUACAAGAUGCCAUCCCUAAAAUACUACUAGAUCAAGGAGAUGAUAUAAAAGAGCAUUAAUAAACACUAUCUAAGUUCUCUAAAUUAAAUAAAGAUGCUCUAUCCCCCUCUGUACCUCACAGAUUCACUUCAAAAAAAAGAUCUUAAUUUUCCUAUUAUUCUAAUGAUUCUUACAAUUCUAAUUUAGAAUUACAUCUUGGAUAAAAAUAAGAUUCUAAUAAUCAACUCUCAGAAACAAGAAAAGAUAGAUCAAAAUUAGUGAGCAACACUGUAAAUCAAUAUAAUCAACAAUACUUAUUAAGACAAUCUAGAAACAAAAUCAAUAAGAUUAAAAAAAAUAAUCCUUAAUCCUCUUUACUCCAAUUAGAAUUAUCUGACAAAUCAAGAUCUUAAAGUUCCAUCGCUACUCCUAAAAGCAUUUUGAAAAAUCCCUCAUCUCUUAAUUCCAGUAGGCAGAGUUUUUGCAGUUUGCAACUCGGUAGUUAACUUAAUACAUAAUCACCAUCUUAAUCUCGUAGAGUUAAGUUCUGUUUGACUAAAUAAUAAGCAAGAAGAGAGAAUAUUCCAUGUUGA